AUGAUGGACGACCUCACCGAAGCCAGCAGCGACUAUGCUGCCAACUCGUGGGUCACCUGGUUCCUCUCCACCAAGGGCAACGAGUACUUUUGCGAAGUCGACGAAGACUACAUCCUCGACCGCUUCAACCUCACCGGCCUCAACGCAGAAGUGCAGCACUAUCCACAGGCGCUCGAUCUCAUCACCGACUCGUUGGAAGACGAUCUCUCCGACUCGAUCCGCGACUCGGUAGAAGCGCAAGCAAAAUUGCUCUACGGUCUCGUACACGCACGCUACAUCAUCACCACACGCGGCUUGGCAAAGAUGCUCGAAAAGUACAAGCGUGCCGAUUUCGGAAGAUGUCCCCGUGUCCUCUGCUACCAACAACCUCUGCUCCCCGUCGGUCUCAGCGACAAUCCUUUCCAGAAAGCAGUCAAGCUGUUUUGUCCACGAUGCGAAGAUAUUUACUCGCCCAAGAGCAGUCGACACGGUACCAUCGACGGCGCAUUUUUCGGAAGCACGUUCCCGCACAUGUUGUUUAUGGUCUAUCCUAAUGUGCUGCCGUCCAAGUCGCCAACCUCGCAAUCGCCGUUCCUGCUCGGCUCGAGCUCGCAACACCGAUCCGAUGCGCGCUCGCAUGCGGAUCAGGCGGAUGUCGACGACUCGAUCAUGUCUAUCCCCGGCGGUGGUGGUGCGGCGGGCAACGGCUCUUUACCUGGAGCCGGUGGUUCGUCCUCGGCGGCAGCAGCUUCUGCGGCCGGUGGUGGUCCCGGGUCGAAUUCCGCUCCAGCUAAUUCGACGGCGGCUGCUGCGGCAAAGGUGGAGAGGUACCGACCGCGUAUCUUCGGCUUCCCCGUGCACGAGACGAGCAAGUUGCAGAAGUGGCAGGAUAAGGAGGGUGGCGCCAGCUGCAGCGGCGCCAGCGCUGGCGGGUGCUUCAGCGGCGGGAUCGGCAGAAAGAGCGGGGUCAGCGACUGCGGUUCCGUCAGCGACGGCGACAGCAUCAGCACCUCAGCCAGCAGCAUCAGCGACGACAGCGCCGGUGGGGUCAGCGGCAGCUCCGGCUACAACGACGACCAGCACACCGUUGCAGAGCGUACCCACGGGAGCGAGGUCUUGAAACAGGGCAUCUCGGAGUUUGGGCGAAGAGUGGCUGUAUACCAGAUUCUGAUGCAGAGUUUUCGUGCAUGGGUUUGA